AUGGCCGCCAAGUUGAUUCGUACCCUCAAAGAAGAAGGUAUACCGGUGACGUACUUCUUCGCUCGCCAAAUCAUCAAGGCAAACAGCGAACCCCGACAACUUGUUCAAGAUUGCUUGUAUCAGCUUCUGGAUCAUAGUGUUCUGCUUCAGGCGAGGCUAAAGACACUUCUAGCCCAACACCAGGACGUGGAUAACAUUCCAUUUCAUGAGCUCUGGGAUCUUUUCUUAUUUGGCCUUGACACGGUGCCCAAGGUAUAUGUAUUAUUCGACGCACUGGAUGAGCUUGCAAUCGAGAAUGACGGUUUUCUACAAUUACUACAGAAGCUUGGGCAACAGAACCCGGAAUCGGCCAAGUUAAUAAUAACCAGUCGCCCAGAAGCUCAUCUCCAGACAGCGCUUAGAGGCUCCUUCCGGAACCGUAUCCGUCUUACAGGGGCAAUGGUGGACCAGGAUAUUGCUACAUACAUAGCUCACCGUGUAGCUAAUCAGCGGGAUAAUCUUGCUGUGUCAGAAAAUCGGUCAACUAUCCAGGACAGGCUCAGCCAAAAAGCACAAGGCUUAUUUCUCUAUGUCCGUCUCAUGCUCGAUCAGAUACUUCUGCAAUCUGAGCUGCCAGUGGAGAAACAUCUACAACACCUCCCUAGUUCUCUGGAAGAGAUGUAUGUCAGCAUAUUGCGCGAACAUUCUUCGCGUUCUGGUGCUAGCCAGCACUUUCAAUACUGGCUACUCUCCUGGGUCACACACGCAUGCCGUCCACUUCGUGUCACGGAAUUAGCAGCUUUGGUCAAUUCUUGCUCUGAUCGUAGCGGGCUAAGUAGCUCGCAGGAUGCAAAGAUCAUGAUACGUACUUCAUGUGGCCCACUUUUGGAGAUCUUAGAUAACGAAACCGUGCAAGUUAUUCACCACACGUUUACCGAGUUCCUCUUAGACAGCAAUCGCAGUACUGCGACAACUCCCAUUGAAACUAGCGACUCGUUCCCCGUCAUAACACCUACUUCAACUCAUCGAUCUCUCACUCUCUUAUGUGUGGAUUAUCUUCUAUCUGGUUGUUUCAGAUCCUGGUCAUUGUCUUCACGUCCGACCAAGCCAGCAGACCAUGAGGCAGACCGCAAGCGGCUAAUGGUCCACUUCCCAUUCCUACAGUAUGCAUCGCAGAACCUACUCUAUCAUGCAGCCAAGUGUGAUUCCAAUGAUCUAGAGUUUAUAUUACAAUUGGAUUCUCUCUUUCAGAAAGAUAGACACAGCUUCGAAAGCUGGAAGGACUUCCUAUUCGCAAAAGAGAACCAGACAGUCCCCGAUCGCCUCCAUCCACUUCAUCUCGCCGCUCAGGCCGGGCUUCCGGCAUAUACCCAGCACCUCCUAAAGGAGCAUAGGGACCCGGAUCUUGCUGACUCUUGUAAUCGGACGGCAGCUACUUAUGCUUGUAUAUAUGGGCAUUCGGAGACUCUAGCGGUUCUUUUAGGUUACAAAGCCUCGGUUACCAUAAACGAUAUUGACGGCCUAGCACCCAUUCACCACGCAGCGAGGGGUAACCAUGUCAAGGUCGUGCAACUCUUACUUGAGGCUGGUGCAGACCCCAUGUCUCCGAAGUCCUGUGAAGACCAAGGCCACUGGUGGUGGAUACCAUCUACAAUAGGGAAGACGCCGGUACAAUAUGCGUGUGAGCUAGGUCACACAGCUUGUGUCUUAGAACUGCUACAGAACCUGGAUCUCCCUCCAAAGAGCACAGUCCUUCCUCAUUGGGCGUCGGCUACAGGUCAAUGGAAAACUCUCGAAGCCCUUCUUCGACACCCCGUGAUUCUGAAAAAUUUGAACAAGAGAGACGGCUACGGCAACACAGCUUUGUUUCUAGCUGCGCGGCGCGCUAGCUCGGAGGCAGUUCGUAUCCUGCUUCAUUAUGGUGCCGAUGUGGAUGGGAGAUCGGUCAAAUUAGACAGUUCCGAGGCCCCAUCUGACUUAGAUAUCGCGAUGAAUGGAAGGGGACAGACUCCAAUCCAUGCUUGGACGGCCGCCGGAUACAGAAUUUGGAGUAGAGGGGACGUUUGCAGCAUGGAGGAGUGGAAGAGAACAGGCAUUUUGCUGAUCGAGGCGGGUUGCGAUCUUGAAGCAAAGAAUGAUGCCGGUCAGACUGCACUGUUUGCCUGGACUAAGCAGCACAUGUGUACUCCCCGUGGAUCAGAUAGAACAGAGCGAUUCGUGGAAAUUCUGCUUGAACAUGGUGCCAAUCCCUGUGCGACUGACAACAAGGGAGAUACCCCCCUUCACAACCUAACAAGAGAUAACAUGAACUCUAGGGUUAUCAAGAUGUUUGUGAAAGGUGGAGCCGAUAUCAACUACGGUCGGCAGGGAGACCUUGUAACCCCUCUUAUUUCCGCAGCGAUCUGCCGAGGCGGCGAUGUUACGCCGUUCAUCGAAAACGGGGCGGACCCUAACCUGCAGGACUCCGAUGGCAACACGGCACUCCAUCACAUUUGCACAUCAUGGUCGCUUAGGUACUCCGACGUGCAGAAAUGGUUGGAAUUCGCAGAUCCCACGGUCAAAAAUAAAGCCGGAGAGACCUGCAUAUAUAAGCUAGCGUUUGGAAGCGAUGGCUACGAAAGAGUAAACGCUAUCUCAUUGUUCACGGAGAAAGGGCUAGAUCUUGAAUCUCGAGAUCGAAGGGGAAGGACAGCCCUACUGGCUGCAUGCGCAAAUGCAGAGCCGCACUUCAUCAUCGGAUUGCUGGAAAAUGGUGCCAAUGCAAAAGCGAUAGACUUUCAACACAAGUCCUGUGAGUAUACCUGA